AUGGCGCGUUUUGGAGACGAGGUGCCCAACAGGUAUGGAGGAGGUGGUGGAGGAGGAGGAGGAGGAGGUGGUGGCGGUGGCGGGGGUGCCGGCGGACAAGGGGGGCCCGGCCGCGGGGGCAGCAGGCAAGGGGGGCCCCCCGGAGCGCCACGGGUGUACAAGCAGUCGAUGGCCCAGCGAGCCCGGACCAUGGCCCUGUACAACCCCAUACCCGUCCGGCAGAGCUGCCUCACGGUCAACCGCUCCCUCUUCCUCUUCAGCGAAGACAACCUGAUCAGGAAAUACGCCAAAAAGAUCACCGAGUGGCCUCCGUUUGAAUGGAUGAUCCUCACGACCAUCAUCGCAAACUGCAUCGUCCUGGCUCUGGAGCAGCAUCUUCCUGAUGGAGACAAGACGCCUCUGUCUGAACGACUGGAGGAGACGGAGCCCUACUUCAUCGCCAUCUUCUGUUUCGAGUCGGGGAUCAAGAUCCUGGCUCUGGGCUUUGCGUUACACAAAGGCUCGUACCUGAGGAACGGCUGGAACGUCAUGGACUUCGUGGUCGUCCUCACCGGUAUUUUGUCCUCGGUGGGGUCUCAGCUCGACCUGAGGACGCUACGAGCCGUCAGAGUGCUGCGACCUCUGAAACUGGUGUCUGGGAUUCCCAGCCUGCAGGUGGUGCUCAAGUCCAUUAUGAAGGCCAUGAUCCCCCUGCUGCAGAUCGGCCUGCUGCUGUUCGUGGCCAUCCUCAUGUUCGCCAUCAUCGGCCUGGAGUUCUACAUGGGGAAGUUCCACACCACCUGCUACGAUGAAUUCACAGGCGAGGUGGUGGACGAGUUGCCGUGUGGCGAAGCGUUGCCGUCCCGGUUGUGUCCGAACGGCACGAAGUGUAAAGGCGGCUGGAUCGGACCCAACUACGGCAUCACGCAGUUCGACAACAUCCUGUUUGCCGUGCUCACCGUCUUCCAGUGCAUCACCAUGGAGGGAUGGACAGAGAUGCUGUACUACAGUAACGAUGUGGAGGGCAGCGCCUGGAACUGGCUGUACUACAUCCCCCUCAUCAUCAUCGGCUCCUUCUUCAUGCUCAACCUGGUGCUGGGCGUGCUCUCAGGUGAAUUUGCCAAAGAGAGAGAGCGGGUGGAGAACAGGAGCGAGUUCCUGAAGCUGAGGCGACAGCAGCAGAUCGAGAGAGAGCUGAACGGAUACCUGGAGUGGAUCUGCAAAGCAGAGGAGGUGAUUCUGGCCGAGGACGACACCACAGUGAACUUUGAUGGUACGAGACGACGGCCGACCAUCAAAACCAAAAACAACAAGACGGAGCUGCUGAACCCUGAGGAGGGCGAGGACAACAUGGGAGACGCCGUCGGUUUCGCCCGCUCCAGUAUCAAGAGCAGUAAGGACGGGUCCAACUACAACAAGAAGGAGCGACGACUGAGAUUCUUCAUCCGCAAGAUCGUGAAGACGCAGACGUUCUAUUGGACCGUCCUGUGCCUGGUGGGCCUCAACACCAUGUGUGUGGCUGCGGUGCACUACAACCAGCCGGAGAUGCUGUCCGACUUCCUGUUCUAUGCAGAGUUUAUCUUCCUCGGUCUGUUCAUGUCCGAGAUGUGUAUCAAGAUGUAUGGUCUGGGCAUCCAGCCCUACCUCCACUCCUCAUUCAACUGCUUCGACUGUGUGGUCAUUGUGGGCAGCAUCUUUGAGGUGUUUUGGGCCAUGAUCAAACCGGGCACCUCCUUCGGGAUCAGCGUGCUGCGAGCUCUGCGACUGCUCCGCAUCUUCAAAGUCACCAAGUACUGGGCUCCUCUUCGAAACCUGGUGGUGUCACUGCUGAACUCCAUGAAGUCCAUCGUCAGUUUGCUCUUCCUCCUCUUCCUCUUCAUCGUGGUCUUUGCCUUGUUGGGGAUGCAGCUGUUUGGAGGACAAUUCAACUUUGAAAAUGGAACUCCGUCGACCAACUUCGACACUUUUGCUGCUGCGAUCAUGACGGUGUUUCAGAUCCUGACAGGAGAGGACUGGAACAUGGUGAUGUACGAUGGCAUCAAGUCGCAGGGAGGAGUGAACGACAAAGGGAUGAUUUUCUCCAUCUUCUUCAUCGUCCUCACGCUCUUCGGCAACUACACGCUGCUCAAUGUGUUCUUGGCCAUCGCUGUUGACAAUCUGGCCAACGCUCAGGAGCUCACAAAGGAUGAGGAAGAACAAGAGGAGGCAGCCAAUCAGAAGACAGCAAUGCAGAAGGCCAAAGAGGUAGCGGAAGUCAGCCCACUGUCGGCCGCCAACCUGUCUAUAGCUGCCAAGGAGCAGCAGAAGAACUGCAUCAAGGGGGGCAAGUCUGUGUGGGAGCAGAGAACCAGUGAGAUCCGCCGGCAGAACCUGAUGACGAGUCGCGAGGCGCUCUACAACGAGCUGGAGCAGGAGGAGUGGAAGGUGGGAGGGGAGGGAGAGGAGGUGGCCUACCCACGGAAACCCCGCGGGGACACGAAGACCCACUUGGACCGGCCCCUGGUGGUCAACCCACAGGACAACCGCAACAACAACACCAACAAGACCCAGCCCGGGGAGCUGCCUCUGGAGCAGGAGUACCAGCACCAGGACAUGGACCACCGCCGCCGAGCCGCCCACAACCACCACCGCCACCGCCAUCACCAUCCUAAGGCUGCCGGGCCAGAGGGGGGGGACGCCGGGCGGCCGGCAGAGACCCGCCUGGAGCACGGGUUCAGCUGCACGUCUCUGGGGAACGUGCCGGGCGGCGUGCCGGGCCAGCAGGGGGAGGGGGAGCGGCACGGCCACAGGAGCCACCGGGGCCACCGGCACCGGAACAGGGAGGGGGGCCGGGAGGCUCGGAGCGCGUCCCCCCACCGCAGCGAGCCGGGGGAGGGGCACCACGAGCACAAGAGGUCCCGGCAACACCGCCGGGCCGCCAGGGAGGGCGAGGAGGGCCGGAGACACAGGUCCAAGGGGACGGAGGGCGAGGGGGAGAAGGUCGAGGAAGGGGAGGGACGCAAGUCGAGACGGCAUCGCCACGGCAACCAGGAGAGGAGCAGAGGGCAUUGCACCAGGAAGGAGCACCACAGCACCGGCCCCAGUCUCUCCACCACUCGACCCAUACAGCAGUACAACGAGGACCUGGACAACUUCCGCAACAACAGCAAGCUGGCGAGCGCCCACGAGCACCCGUACGCCCUCCCCCCGGACCACCCGGACCACCCGGACCACGUCAACAACCUGCUGAACUGCUGCGACGCCGACACCCACACGCUGCUCCACAGCAUGGACAGCCUGAUCCUGACCAGCAUGGCCAAACCGGACUACACAUCCAUAGACAUGCCCCCUGUGUACCCCUACCCCUCCACCAACGCCAUCCUGCAAGUGAACAAGAACGCCAACACCGACCAGAAGAAGAGCGAGGAGAAGAAGGAGGAGGAGGACGAGGAAGGAGACAGCGACGGCCCCAAGCCCAUGCCUCCCUUCAGCUCCUGCUUCAUCAUGUCCAACACCAACCCGUUUCGGAAGUGCUGUCACUACAUCCUGACCCUGAAGUACUUUGAGUUCACCAUCUUGUCCGUCAUCGCUAUGAGCAGCAUCGCCCUCGCCGCCGAGGACCCGGUGCGGCCCGACUCGCCACGCAACAAUGUGCUGCGUUAUUUUGACUACGUUUUCACAGGAGUCUUCACGUUCGAAAUGUUGAUCAAGAUGGUGGUGCUCGGCCUGUUUCUCCACCAGGGCGCCUACUUCCGCGACUUGUGGAACAUUCUGGACUUUAUAGUGGUUAGUGGUGCUCUGGUGGCCUUCGCCUUCACGGGGAGCAGCAAGGGCAAAGACAUCAGUACCAUCAAGUCCCUUCGAGUGCUGAGGGUGCUGCGUCCUCUCAAGACCAUCAAGCGUCUCCCCAAGUUAAAGGCCGUGUUUGACUGUGUGGUCAACUCCCUGAAGAACGUGCUGAACAUCUUAAUCGUCUACAUGCUCUUCAUGUUCAUCUUCGCUGUCGUGGCCGUUCAGCUGUUCAAGGGCCGAUUCUUCUACUGCACGGACGAGUCCAAAGAGUUUGAGCGUGACUGCAGGGGCGAGUACCUGGUGUAUGAAAGAGACGAGGUUAAAGCGCAGAAGCGGGAGUGGAAGAAGUACGAUUUUCACUACGACAAUGUGGCUUGGGCCCUGCUCACCCUCUUCACUGUCUCGACUGGAGAGGGGUGGCCACAGGUGUUAAAACACUCUGUGGACUCCACUUAUGAGAAUCAGGGUCCUAGCCCGGGUUACAGGAUGGAAAUGUCCAUCUUUUACGUGGUGUACUUCGUAGUCUUCCCCUUCUUCUUCGUCAACAUCUUCGUGGCUCUUAUCAUUAUCACCUUCCAGGAACAGGGGGACAAGAUGAUGGAGGAUUACAGUUUAGAAAAGAACGAGAGAGCCUGCAUAGAUUUCGCCAUAAAUGCCAGGCCUCUCACCCGUCACAUGCCCAAGAACAAACUGAGCUUCCAGUAUCGCAUGUGGCAGUUCGUGGUAUCUCCGCCCUUCGAGUACAGCAUCAUGGCUCUGAUCGCGCUCAACACCAUCGUCCUCAUGAUGAAGUUCAACGAUGCGUCGGAUGUCUUCGAUGACGUCCUGAAGUACUUCAACAUCGUGUUCACCACCUUCUUCUUCAUGGAGUCGGUCCUCAAAAUCAUCGCUUUCGGCCCUCUGAAUUACUUCAGAGACGCCUGGAACAUUUUUGAUUUUGUGUCCGUCCUUGGAAGCAUCACUGACAUAUUAGUGACAGAACUAUCGGAGAGUUUCAUCAACCUGAGCUUCCUGCGGCUGUUCAGGGCGGCUCGCCUCAUCAAGCUGCUGCGACAGGGAGAAACCAUCCGCAUCCUGCUGUGGACCUUCGUCCAGUCCUUCAAGGCUCUGCCGUACGUGUGUCUGCUCAUCGCCAUGCUCUUCUUCAUCUACGCCAUCAUCGGCAUGCAGUUGUUUGGUAACCUGGCACUGGAGCACGAGGAAGGAGAAAGUGCCAUCAAUGAGCACAAUAACUUCCAAACCUUCAUCAUGGCGCUCAUGCUGCUGUUCAGGAGUGCGACCGGCGAGGCGUGGCACGAGAUCAUGUUGGCCUGUCUGGGUGGGAAGGAGUGCGACCCGGACACAGGGAACACGGAGCACGAGUGUGGCAGCGUCUUCGCCUACACCUACUUCGUCUCCUUCAUCUUCCUCUGCUCCUUCCUGAUGCUGAACCUGUUUGUGGCUGUGAUCAUGGAUAACUUCGAGUACCUGACCCGAGACUCGUCGAUCCUGGGGCCGCAUCACCUGGACGAGUACGUAAGGAUUUGGGCCGAGUACGACCCGGCCGCCUGCGGGCGCAUACAUUAUAAGGAUAUGUACAGUUUAUUGAGAGUUAUCUCCCCUCCCCUGGGCCUUGGCAAGAAAUGCCCACAUAGGGUGGCCUGCAAGAGGCUGCUGCGCAUGGAUCUGCCGGUCGCAGACGACAACACGGUGCAUUUUAACUCCACCCUCAUGGCUCUGAUCAGGACCGCCCUGGAUAUAAAGAUCGCCAAGGGGGGUGCAGACAAGCACCAGAUGGAUGCCGAGCUGAGAAAGGAGAUGAUGGCAAUUUGGCCGAACUUGUCGCAGAAGACUCUGGACCUGCUGGUGACGCCGCACAAGGCAGCCACAGACUUGACGGUCGGCAAAAUCUACGCCGCCAUGAUGAUCAUGGAGUACUACCGGCAGAGCAAGACGAAAAAGCUGCAGGCGCUGCGUGAGGAACAGAACCGAACGCCAUUAAUGUUUCAGCGCAUGGAGCCGCCCCCUGAGGGAGGGGGCACGGAGGGCCAGGGGGGGCAGGGCGUGGACGGCCCCCCCAGCACCCAGCCCGACAACAUCAACAGCAUACCUCCAGAGGGUUGCAUCCCCGAGAGCCAGUCGUGGGUGUCGGACAAAGGCCAGGAAACGUUCCAGAAGCCGGACAACUGGAGCCCGGACAGGCCGUACCCCGACGAUCUCCACGACAACCGGCACAACCCGCAGACGGUAGAGAUGAGGGAGAUGGGGCGCUAUCACCCAGUGGAUGGGCAUGGGCGGACCCUCUCCAUGCCCCGCCUCUCGGCAGACAACCAAAGAGUUCAUGCUGUCUCGCGGAGGAGACACAGGCCCCGUGGAAAUAACCUCAGUACCAUCACCGACACCAGCCCGAUGCGGCGCUCCACCUCCAGCCUGGUCCACGGGCGCACGGGCCGGGGGGUGAGGCUGGACGACUACUCCCUGGACCGGGUGGUGUCCGAGGAGGCGCGGCACGGAGGAGGACGCCGGCACAGGGAGCGGAGUCACCGGGCGUCACAGCGCUCGCUGACCAGAUACACGGACGCAGACACGGGGCUCGGCACAGACCUCAGCACCACCACUCAGUCGGGUGACCUGCCGCCCAAGGAGCGUGAGCGGGACCGCGGCCGCACCAAGGACCGCCGCCACCAUCACCACCACCACCACCACCACAGCUCCAUGGACAAGGAGCGCUACGGCCACGAGCGCCACGACUACCCCCCCCGGCAUCCGCACGACCACCACUGGUCCCGCUCGCCCAGCGAGGGGCCGGACGGGCGAGGUCACAGACAGGGCAGUAGCUCGGUGAGCGGCAGCCCGGUCCCCUCGACCUCGGGGACCAGCACGCCACGGAGAGGGCGUCGCCAGCUGCCCCAGACCCCCGCCGUGCCCCGCCCACAUGUCACCUACUCCCCCGCCGUCCGCAAGCCCAGCUACGGCCCCCCCGGGCCGGGCCGCCUGCGCUCGCCCUCGCCCAGGCACUUCUCCCCCCCCGACCACGACCGAGGCUACCACCACGGACCCCCGUCACGUCAAGGCUCCCCCCAUCACGGGGGCUCGUCAUCGCGCCACGGCUCGCCGCGCUCCCCGAGGAACCAGUCCCCUCGCUCGCCCCUCCACGGCUCGCCACACUCCCCCCGACGCGGCCGCUGGAGUGGCCCCCCCCCCGGGGACAGCCUGGAGGGGGAGGGGCCCUUCUACGAGCAGGACUACGAGUACGAGCGCCACCAUGAGCCGCCGGCCUAUGAGCAAAGCGUCUCCCACGGCAACCCACACCCCCACGGGGGAAACCCUCACCCACACCCCCGCUCACCAAGGACUGCCCGCCACGGGCCCCCUCCGCCCCCCCACCCGCACCCACGGAGGGUCCCCAACGGCUACCGCUCAUCCUCACCGUCCCCACAUCGCCGGGGACCACCCGGGGCCCCCCCCCACCCGCACCACCGCACCCCCCACGCCCGAGGGCCCCGGAAGGGCCUGCAUGAAGCCUACAGCGAGACGGACGAGGACGACUGGUGCUAG